UUGACUUGUGGGGUCUUGAGUCUUGACCCCUUCACCAUUUAUGGUCGUUCCGCCCCCCUGUAUUGAAUCAUUUCAGCCCAGACUCUGUCCAAAACAUCAGAUCUCAUCUGAUCGAGCACUCACUGCUACAACAAUGGGGGAAAAGAAGGUGACUAUAAUGAUUCUGAAGGUAGAUCUUCAGUGUGAAAAAUGCUACAGGAAGGUCAAGAAAGUUCUCUGUAAAUUCCCUCAAAUACGAGACCAGACGUACGACGAGAAGAACAACCUGGUGAUCAUCAAAGUGGUCUGCUGCAGUCCUGAAAAGAUCAGGGACAAGCUAUGCUGCAAAGGAGGUGACGCCAUUAAGAGCAUCGAUAUCAAAGAGUCCGAGAAGCUCAAGGACGUGUCUAAAGAGAAACAAAAGGAAGACAAACUCAAAGACGACGAGAAGCUGAAGGAUGACAAAUCCACAGGAACCAAGGACGUGUCUAAAGAGAAAAAAAAGGAAGACAAACUCAAAGACGACGAGAAGCUGAAGGAUGAGUCGAAGACGAAGAACCCGUGUUGUAUGGAUUGUUACGGAGGGCGUCCUGGUGGUCCCUGCGAAACUCGCCCUCCGCGGCGGCCGGUGUACCCGUGUUGUAUGGAUUGUUACGGAGGGCGUCCUGGUGGUCCCUGCGAAACUCGCCCUCCGCGGCGGCCGGUGUACCCGUGUUGUAUGGAUUGUUACGAAGGGCGUCCUGGUGGUCCCUGCGAAACUGGGUAUGGUUACGGUGGGCCUGCCCCUUACAUACAGUAUGAUGGCUACUAUGGAAGGCCGGUCUAUGAUAGUUACGGCGGUGGGAGGAGCUACACCACUAGUUACUGCGUGACCCGCCCCGAUUGUUUCAGUGAAGAAAAUCCCCAAGCGUGCGCCAUCAUGUAAAACUUUACGUACCUACGUACUGUGCUUUUAAUUUGCAGCCUUUGUGGGAAAGUUUAAAGAAUAAAGUAUGGUUGGUGAUGGUGGUGGACAAAUUGCGAUCCAUUAUAGA